AUGGCGGGAGCUCAGAUGAUGAAGAGGAUCCCGCGGAUUAAAUUCCCUCAGAGGCAUCCAAACCCAGCAGGUUCAAUCCUCUUACGUUUCAUCUCUUUUUCUUUUUCUGGAGUAUAAACGAAUUUCAUUUUUAUUAGGGUUUUGAUCUGUAGAUUGUUGAUGUUUAUUUCUCUAUGAACUCAGAUUUAUAGCUAUCUUCUGAUGUUUAUUUGGAAUUGAUGACUCGCGCAUCUUCAUGGAAGUCUUUCUAGUUCGCAUUUGUCGACCGCACGCAUGGGCUUGAGUUGCUGCCGUCGAUAUCUGUGGGGGGCUCCCUGUUGCACCAUUCGAAUGAGAAGUUUAUUAUUUGGCCCAAGGAUUCUGGGAAAUAUUGGGGAACAGUUGUUGGAAGACUCCUUUGUGGUUGUUUUGUUGGCGAUCUUCUGUGCAAUCCACCACUAAACCAACGAUUGCAGGUCAACCGCGAAGGAACUCGAGGAAAAGGUGGGAGGGUUGACAUCAGGUUAAAUACCGGUGGUCUUUAGGGAAGAGAUCAUGGUUAUACUCACGAACACUUGCUUCUGGUGUUUGUCGAUUGGUCGUGGCCCUGGUUCUUCAAUCCUGUUGAAAAUGGAGAUACAUCCAGCAGUUGCCCCAUUUACACCAUGGCUAAUGAAUAGGGUACUAAAUCAAGAGAAAAUAUUAUUUAUUACUAAAAACAUUAUUUAUAGCGUUGAUCUUGAUGUUUUAGUGACACAAAAAAAAAUACAAAAUUAUUAUAUCUCUGAAAAAACUGGGUUGCGCUUAUUUAUUCCCGCUAUCUACAUGUACCUGGUGGACAUGGAGACCAUUUGGACUGACAGCACUUGGCUAUGGUCAUUCAGGAUCGGCAUCAAAGCAGCAGAUACCCUCAUCUGCUCAGGAGGCUCAACAGCCACAUAAGUCUGAGGUUCCUGCUCCACCUACCAACACCGCUGUGGGAGGGAGGGCUUCUCUUCAGCCGCAUCGAACACCUGUCUCCGAAAAGGAGAUUGAAUCUAUUCUGGUACUUCCUAAUCGUUUUGCCCUCUUCAGAUGCCAUAGUCGGGGAUAAUUUUGUUGGGAAAAAAUUGUUUCUGAAGAGAUAUCUGGUGAAGAAUGCUAAAGAAAUAUGUCAGUGAGGAAGAAAAUGAAUUUAGUUGCUAUCUUAUCGACUAGAUGUCGCAAUAGUAUAUGAACACUUGAAAGGUUUUCGAUGCUUCGUUCCAAUCUCCUGGGCUUGUGCGUACCCGUGCCCUUCCUCAAUUCUAUGUCAAAGGAAGCUGAUUAAACAGACAUUUUCAUGCGCGGAAACGCAAGGCGAAGGUGUUUCUUUCUAUUUUUCUGGACUCGAACGUGCCCUCCCAUUUCAUACCAGAUGGAAGCUGAUGAACCACGCACACACCGGUGCAUAUUAUGCAAUGGAUGAGACAGUGGAGGCCAAUUCUUUCUGAGAAGGUUUUUUGGGUCCUUUUUUGUGGUAGAGCCGUUGAUUUAUUUUUUUUGGAAUUGCCUCAGACUUUCUCACCAAGAUCUUUCCAAAAGCUUUAUUCACCAAACGCCCCGGUUGCUCAAGGAAUGAAUAUCCUGAUAAAUAUUUAAUUAGGUAUUAGCACCUUGGGUUGUUUCAACAAAGUGCAUGCGCUUUGGCAUUCAAUCUACACAUAAUGCAUAUAAUCUUCUCACCAGAGAAUUCGUUUUGUUCUGGCAGUUGGGUGGCAACUUCUGA